GUACUACCUCUUACUUCUAAAUCUGGUUCAAACUCGGCAACCCAAAUCUCUUCCUCACAGAACGAAGUUCAAGAGGGGGUCAAAGACCAAGUGGUUGUUCAAGAUCCGGAAGCCGGCCCAGGCCCAGCAACCCAAAUCUAUAGAGAGGAGCAAACUAUUAUUCAAGAGGUAAAAUAUGCUCCAGAAAACUAUUUUCGAUCAAUUUACGAAAUAGAAGAUGGAGUUAUAGAAAAAGAGCCACCUACAAAAAAUAUAGAAUUUUUAGAAAGAAGACCCGAUCCUAAUAGACAACAUCAAAAUCUUAAUUCUAUCACAGUAUGGGAAA